AUGAAGUAUCGGGAAGAUGUCGACUUAGCACGCGAACAAGAACUGCAUUCCGACUUUUGGCGGGCCAUGAUCGCCUUAGAAUCAACCACUCACCGCUUCGAAGGUAUCACAGAAUCUGUUUGGGGAAUUAUCCAUUCCUUUUCUAUACCGCCCGCUUCAAAUCUGAUGGGAAAUGGUAGAUGA